AUGACUCAAGCACAAGAUAUUCUCUCACGUCUCGAGAAGUGUGUCUCUCGAUUGGAAAAGAUUGAUUUUUCGUCAUCGAGUGGUGGUGGCAAAAGCAGUGGCAAUGCUGGAUCAUCAGCUCCUCAAGUUGUAGCCUACGAUGACUAUUAUAGUUCACAUGUGGUCCCAUUGUUGGAGACUUGUAAGAAGAUCGGAGGUGAUCUUGCAUCAGCUAAAUCCUUCAUUGAAGCUGGCUUCCAAGGUUUGGGUCGUGUCAUUAAACUCUCCUCCACUCACAGCAAACCUUCCAGCGAUGCUGUUUUGGGAGAAAUUUUGGAAAAGAGUGGAAUUGGUUCAGCACUUUCCUCCUCUGCCGAUUUCCGUUUCAAGAACUUUAAGAGUCCUCUCGCUAAUCAUUUAUAUGUGGUUGAGGAAGGUUUGAAAGUGGUCUUGUGGCCAACCUCCACCACUGCUGUGAGCUAUGUGAAGGAAAUGGUGAAUGCUGUUCAAUUUUACACGAACAAAAUUUUGACCUCAACGAAAGGAAAUAAUGAUGCCGAAUUGCAUAAAUCCUUUGUGAGUCAAUGGAAGAAUGCUAUUGAGGAAUUGGCAGUCUAUGUGAAAGAGUAUCACAUGAGUGGAUUGAAUUGGAGCAAGAGUGGAGAAAAGGCGACACCAAAUGCCUUGAAAUAA